AUGAGUUACUCAAAAUUUGAUUUAACGUUUAAAAUAGGACAGUAUCUUGAUCGGCAUCUCGUGUUUCCUUUACUAGAAUUCUUAGCAGCAAAGGAGACAUAUGACCAGUCAGAGCUCCUGCAGGCAAAGUUGGAGAUUUUGAGCAAAACUAACAUGAUAGAUUAUGUUAUUGACAUCAGAAGAAUGCUCUAUCCUGAAGAAGACACUCCUGAAGAAAUUAUACAGCGGAGAGGUGUAGUUCUUUCGGAACUACAGGAACUUCAAGAUGCAGUAGAGCCAGUAUUGAGACUCAUGCAAAGAGAUGAUGUAAUGAAAACAAUUGAAACCAUGAGGGAUCCUAAAACUCUUAUAAACCAUCUUUCGACAAAUAAGGAGUAUGAGUUUAAAAUUGAAAUGAUCGAUAGCAUGUAUCGUUUGGCCAAAUAUCGCUAUGAAUGUGGAAAUUAUGUGGAGUCAGCGUCAUAUCUUUACUUUUGUCAACUGGUGAUGUCGCCGACUGACAAGAAUUAUUUGUCGGUUCUUUGGGGUAAAUUGGCUAGCGAAAUUUUGGUACAAAAUUGGGAUGGCGCGCUCGAUGAUCUAACCAAACUUCGAGAGUUCAUCGAUAACGGUGGAGCCGGUUCCACUGCCAGCAACAUGCAAGCCCUACAGCAACGGACCUGGCUGGUUCACUGGUCGCUAUUCGUGUUCUUCAAUCAUGUCAAAGGACGUGAUUUGAUCAUCGAAAUGUUCCUGUAUAAGCCUUUGUACUUGAACGCCAUCCAGACGAUGUGUCCCCACAUCCUCCGCUACUUGGCUACUGCAGUAAUCAUAAACAGGUCUCGCAGAAACGCCUUGAAGGACCUUGUGAAAGUUAUUCAACAAGAAGCUUACACCUAUAGAGAUCCUAUCACAGAGUUCAUUGAACAUCUGUACGUUAAUUUUGAUUUCGAAGCGGCCCGUCGAAAACUGAAUCAAUGCCAAGCUGUACUUUUGACUGACUUUUUCUUAAUCGCCUGUUUGGAAGAGUUUGUCGAAAAUGCUCGACUGAUGAUCUUUGAAACUUUCUGCCGUAUUCAUCAAGUCAUUAGUAUUGGAAUGUUAGCCGAGAACUUAAACAUGCAGCCUGAUGAAGCGGAAUGCUGGAUCGUGAACUUAAUCCGUAAUGCGCGCCUGGACGCGAAGAUCGAUUCCAAGUUAGGUCACGUGGUGAUGGGUGCACAACCUCUUUCGCCAUAUCAACAAUUAGUUGAGAGAAUCGAUUCACUGGCAGUGAGGUCCGAAGCUCUGACUUCAUUAGUGGAAAGGAAACAUAAAGCACGCAAUCAAGAUAUACGUUGGGGUACUCAAGAGUUUUAAUUGAAAAAACGCUACUUGAAGCUUUUUUACUUCAAGAUAAUGACAUAAUUAAAACAAAUUAAACAGAUUUGUAUA